AUGGCCAAGAAACACGGACCGCAACCUGCCCAGCCAUCUCUGGCGGCAGCGUUGGACAUGAAGACGCCGGAACAGUAUGCCGCGCGCCUCCUGUUACCUGCGCCGAACACUAAGGUGGUGGCACUCGGAGUGAAUGCAGCGCCACAUGGCAGCUUCCUCGUUUCGCUCGACGGUCUUUCAACUAAGUACGAGCACAAAGUCAUCCAGCGCCCGGCGGCCAUCGAAACCAUCGAGAUAGACCGACCCGCCGUGGACCCGAAAGCCAAGCUCGAGAAACCAACGUACGUCCAACUCCCACCUGGACGACAGGUCGUCCAACCCAUCAUACAGCCAGUCCUGCAGCCAGUGGCAAUGCAACAGCCAGUGGCAAUGCAACAGCCAGUGGCAAUGCAACAGCCAGUGGCAAUACAACAGCCAGUGGCAAUGCAACAGCCAGUGGCAAUGCAACAGCCAGUGGCAAUGCAGCGGGCAGUGCCGCAGCCAAGGGAGCAGCCAAGGGAGUUGGGAAGCGACCGUGUGGGGAUGGUCCCUCUAAGCACGGUGGGGACGGAGUCUUCGGCCGUGGUCGUCGGGAGCUGGGAUCGCAAGACGUCGAUGCGCAGCGGAGCCAAGGCUUUGUUGCGUCGCGCGAGCUCUUCGUUCCGACGCCGGAGAACGCCGCCGGAGGCGGAGUGGGGUGAGGACGUUUGGAUCGCCAACAGCCGCCCCAUGAGCAUCGACGCCGAGCUCCAGCGGGAGCUCGGCGGAGCACCAGCGCCCGGAGGCUACUAG